GGUUAAUAGAAAAAUGGAAUGAUGGAAAAAAUCAAUGUGAGUACAAUCUACUCAGAUCCAUAGGAAGAGAACUUGAUUUGGGUUUAAAUUCUACUUCGAUGGAUGAAGCAGUAACAUAUAUUGAAACAAUAAGAAAGAAAGUGAGAGAUCGAAUAAUAACUUUGAAGGUAGCAAAGAGAUAUGGAUGGGAUGUAGUGAUAGAACUGCUACAACUGAAUGAAGAAGAACUGACUGAUUAUGCAGAAGUUAUCGACAGGGCACAUCAAGCAGCUACUAUUAUGAACCGACCAGAAACUAUGAUUCAAACAGAUGUUAUGAUGCAAAGGAAUAUCACUACUCAAGAUCAUAUCCUAGGGAACGAGAAUCAAGAGUUAAUGAUGAAAAGCUCAAAUGCUACAACUGUGGUAGAUAUGGGCACCUUGCAGCUAGAUGCCCCUCAUCAAGAUACUACAGACCCGGCCUAA